AUGGGGUCUACCGUAAAGAAGCACAGGCAGCCAACGUCGGCUUCAAAACGCCGCGACAAACCUGCGCGAGCUAUCGAGGAGCGCGUACCGCAUAUUAGACCCAUUCGCGGCAGCCCACAACGGCGAAGCCUCGCUCGGCAGACACAGUCCGGAGGAUCAUCUACAGGGGCUCAUCCCGUUUCAGUGUUCGCCUAUGAGAAGCUCCAGUUAGACGACUCUAUUCGGGUUAUUGAUUUGCAACCAGGUUCCGCUCACGAUCCUCUAGAAUGCCGCCUGUAUGAGUACCCUUUAGGACAGAGACCAAACUGGCCACAUCGAUACGAGGCCGUCUCCUAUGUCUGGGGCUCCGUGGAAAAAACUGGGAGCAUUAUCUGUAACGGUGCAUUUUUGCCGAUCACAGCAAGUCUCGAACAGGUGCUGCUAAGAGUUCGCCUAUCGGAGUCAAGUAGGACAUUGUGGGCAGACGCAAUUUGUAUCAACCAGGAUGAUGUCUUGGAGAAGAAUCAGCAGGUUAGUAUCAUGGACAAGAUAUAUGAAGGGGCCAGAACUGUGCUUUUCUGUCUCGACGGAGAUACCUCGCGAGAUACGCGCGCCAUGAAGGUACUCAAGAAAAUCAACAAUAUAUUUGAGACCUGGCUGCGCCACUUCAAGAGUCCACCGAAAGCUGACUUCGAGCCGAGACGAUUCUCAGCACAAGUGUCCCCUGCAAUGUUCCAUUCCAUCUCGCAGAAUGAGUGGGAAGAAACAAUCAGUCUGCUCAGCUGCGACUGGUGGUCUCGAGCAUGGGUUCUCCAAGAAUUCGGAUUAGCAUACCAGGGCGAGUUUCUCUAUGGCCGGGAGACCAUCGAUAAAAUGUCCAUAGAGCUUUUCGUCUCGAUGAUGGCCUUCGCCGGCUCUCGACUACCUGUUUACCAAACGUACCACUUGAAGGGCGCCAUUCUAACGCGAGCGUUCAACGUUGUUUUCUUGUACAAGUAUCAAAUGUUCGUCGAUUUAAACGACAGGGUUGAUUACCUGGACAUCCUGCAGGCUUCGCGGACAAGCAUAGCAAGUGUUAAACACGACUACAUCUAUGCAACCCUGGGACAUCAAGCAGCUCGCAAAUUUUACCGCCAUGACAAUACGCAGGCAGAUCAAACGAAGGAAAAUUCAUCACAUGUGCAGCCUGACUACGCGAAGAGGCCAUCUCUCGUAUUUAAAGAAGUUUCCGAGGCAAUAUUGACAGAGACUGGCAACCUGCGACUCCUCGCAGCUGUCGAACAGGACGAACAUACCAUCAUGCUGGAGGGUCAUCCUUCAUGGGUCCCCAGAUGGGACACCCGCAAACACUGCAUUACACUGGGAGACGGAUUGAAUACCACCAGUGAAGAACUCGCCUACAACGUGUCUCCUGGGUCUUCCACACUCCAGCGUAUCUCCGUCGAGGGCGACGUCCUAAUGGUGCGAGGGUUUGAGUUCGAUGAGAUUGUCAGUUGCAUCGUAUCCGUCCCGUUCGAGCGCUAUGGCAAAAAUCUCGAGGCACUCGACAUCAAGAUGUCUAGCUCCAUACACGAUAUACUUGAGCAUCUACACGACAUCAGCUCGCCAUACACAGACCAGGAUCCGAAGGAAUUCACCAACGGGCUGGCCACAGCGUUAGGGCGUACGCUAACGGCCGGACUGACUAACUGGAGCGCUGUGCAGAGCUCUAUGUUCUUGCACGGUCCCGCGGCGAUAUCGGACGAGGAGACACUAGAUGCGAAUUUCGCCGCCUUUAUCUCGCGUUCUGUAGCCCAGCGCACACGUGCAUCAAAGGCGGGGAAGGGCGAUCGUCUCCAGUUCCUCAUGGACAUGCAGGUGGUCAUGGCGAAUCGGCAGGUCUUUAUCACGAAACGCGGCUUUCUAGGAAUCGGACCGCGCGCCUUGAAGGAGGGCGACAUCUGCUGCAUCCUAUUUGGGGCCAUGGUACCUAUAAUACUACGGCGGAAGCCCAACGGUCGAUAUGUGCUUGUUGGCGAAAGUUAUGUGCACGGCAUUAUGCAGGGCGAGACGAUGGGAGCCUUUCGCGAGGGACAGUUCGACGUAGUAGACUUCGGUCUUGACUAG